UUACAAUUUAUGUCAUCCCCAUAAGCUGAAAAAUUAAAUGAUGUUUGGGACUGCUCUUUGUUUCUUCUGUUUGGUUGGGUUUCUUCUUCAGUUGGAGGGAUCAGCGUCGUCAUCAGAAGCUCACUUCAGAUGUUCCGCCGCCGGCGUCGACCACCGGAAAAAUAGAGUUGUGAAGGUGGGAGUAAUUGCUGAUAAUAGCUCCAGGGUGGGCAGGGAACAGAUUGUGGCCUUUCAUAUGGCUCUCCAAAAUUAUCCUUCAUUUAAUUCUUGCCAUAAGCUGCACCUCCUCCUCCUCGAUUCGCCGGACAACCCUGCACACGCAACCAGUACCGCUUUGGAUCUGAUUAGCAGCAAAAAAGUGAGCGCCGCCAUUCUUGGGACAGAUACUUAUAUUUCCGAGUUUGAAAAAAGCAGUAUAAAUAUCCCCACGAUAUCACUCCCAGUUGCUGCGGCUUAUUCCCUUAAUCCUCCUCUAAUCUCACCGCCCUCCUUCAUUCAGAUGGCUCACGACAUGUCGUAUCACACGCAGUGCGCAGCCGCCAUCGUCGGCCACUUUAAGUGGCGCAAAGUUACUGUAAUCUACGAGAACAAGAACGACAUGUCGACGAAAAACAUUGAGACUCUGAUUCUCCUCUCUAACUCACUUCGAGAUUUCAACGCAGAGAUUGAGCAAAUCUCAGCUUUCUCUUCAUCAUUUACGGAAGCUAUGAUUGAGGAGAAGCUUAAAGGCCUUGCGGGUCGCGAGAGAACAAAUUACAAGGUCUUCAUAGUGAUGCAAUUUUCCAUGGAGUUGGCAAAAAUUCUUUUUCAUAAAGCAAAUAAAAUGAACAUGAUGGAUCAGAAUGGAUAUUUUUGGAUUGUUGGAGACGAGAUAUCAAGUCUUCUAGAUUCUUUGGGUAUGUCUAAUUUCCAUAACAUGCAGGGCGUCAUUGGUUUUCGAACUUAUUUUGACCAUUCCAAAGAUUCUUUCAAGCAAUUCAGAAGAAAAUUCCGUAGGAAAUAUAUUUCUGAAUAUCAUCAAGAGGAUGAGGAUGAGGAGGAGAAUAUUGCAGAGCCCAGCAUCUUUGGGCUUCGAGCUUAUGAUGCAUCAUGGGCCCUGGCCCAAGCCAUGCUCAAACUGCAAGGAAAUUUUAGUAGCAAACAACUGUUGAAGGAAAUUUUAGGCACUGAAUUUGAAGGGCUUAGCGGGAAGAUAGGAUUUGAUCAGAAGAAUGGUAUGUUAAUGCAAGCGCCAACUUUUGAAAUCAUUUAUGUGGUGGGUAAGAGCUACAAAGAGGUGGCAUUUUGGAAACAAAAUGUUGGAUUUUUCAAUAGCUUGAAUGAAGAUCAUGAAGAGAUCAAUAAUGGGGUUGUGGAUUUGUCAAGAUUGGUUUACUGGGGAGGGAGAGGACAUAGUAGAGGUCUAGAAGAAGGGAGGAUUAGUAGUCCUGAUUAUGGAGUUGGCAGAACAUUAAGAAUUGGUGUUCCAGCCAAUAAUACGUUUCAUGAAUUUGUGAAGGUAUCGUACGACCACAUUAAUGGAAUUUACAUCUCUGGAUUUUCCAUUACUGUGUUUGAAGCUGUCGUCAAGAACCUGCCUUAUCCAUUGUCCUACAAGUUGGUCCCCUUCAAUGGCUCUUAUGACGGAUUGGUAAACCAAGUCUACACAAAGGGUUUGGAUGGCGGGGUGGGAGAUAUAGGAAUAUUUGCGGACCGAUUUGAAUAUGUGGAUUUCUCACAGCCAUAUCUGGUGUCUGGGCUUAUGAUGAUAGUGAGAGAGGAGAAAGAGAAUUGGAAAGAAUUAUGGGUAUUCAUGAAAACAUUUACGAUGACAAUGUGGAUAAUAUUGCCAUUGCUGCAUAUAUUCAUAAUCUCCGUGGUCUGGCUGGUUAGGGAAGAAGAUAGCGAAGCGCCUUUGACAUCAGGAUUCGGAAACAUGCUCUGGUUUGCAAUAGCCGUCAUUUUUUACGCACAAAGAGAACAAGUAAACGGUGGAUUGGCUCGGCUGGUGCUAGGGCCAUGGUUGUUCGUAAUUCUCGUGGUAACCUCAAGUUUCACAGCGAGUUUAACAUCAAUGAUGACGGUUUCAAGAUUUGGGCCAUCAGUGGUAGACAUCGAAACAUUGAGGCAGACAAACGCAAGUGUGGGAUGCAACUUUCACUCUUUCAUAAUGCGAUAUCUGACCAAUGUGUUGCAUAUUCCUCUCGAUAACAUUAAGACCAUCGUGGGGAUUGAUGAUUAUCCAAAGGCAUUCGACCGUGGAGAUAUCAAAGCAGCUUUCUUCAUAACUCCCCAUGCCAAAGUCUUUCUUGCUAAGUACUGCAAAGGCUACACCACUGCUGCUACUUUCGAUCUGGGUGGCAUUGGCUUUGCUUUUCCAAAAGGUUCAACUCUGGCUGCGGACGUAUCUACAUCAAUCAUUGAGCUGAUAGAGAGAAGAGAGAUGCCACAGCUACAAACAAUGUUGCUCUCCACCUUCAAUUGCUCUUCAUCUGGCAAGGUUGAUGUUGAUGCCUCAACUUUGGGGCCAGGGCCUUUCAUGGGUUUGUUCAUCAUUUCAGCAAGUAUUGCUGUACUCUGUGCUGCUAUAAAACUAGUUAAAAGAAGGUUGGGCAAUGGCGCCCAUGCACAAGUCCAACCCAUGGGUGAGACAAACCCGGUAAUUGGAUUAGAACUGGUGGACGCUAGGACAAUAAACGAGAAUGUUGCGAACCGACCUUAUCCUCUAUAAGAAUUCAAGACAUAAUUAAAAAUUUAAUUACAUGAUUGUUGUUGUAAUCUAAAUUUAAUUUCUCUUUACCACUUAUCUUUCAUCUCUAGAAUUUUCCUAUAUCUCUUACUUUUCUCUCUCUUCUUAACUUUUCUUAGAUAUAUGUAUAUCUCUAACUUUUCUCUCUCUUCUUAACUUUUCUUAGAUAUAUGUCCAAUUAUUGAUCGUUGACUUUUUUUAGUAGGUAAGAGUGGAAGAUCGAACUUAGAACCUCUUGAUUGGAUAUAUAU